AUCUAGCUCGUUCCUCGCGGGAAAAAAAAAUGCAAGCUGUUCUUCCUGUUUGUUCUUGUCCCCGUUGUUCACCAUGCUUGCUUCCGUUUCUCCUCUACCCCAUUUUUUCUCUCUCUUUCUUGCCCUGUUUAUCUGUGAAUGGUUUGGUUUGGAUGCUUGUCAUGUUUUUUUUUUGGGGGUGCGCUUUGGUUUCAGAUUCAAGUUUUGGGGUGGUUUUCUUUUGUCUUACUGCUCAGCUCAGUUUCAUCUGCCAUUCGUCCUCUCUGCUCUUGCUACCCACACUCUGCCAUUUGGUUUGGUUGCGUUUGGGCAACUGAAACCAUAGCCAUGCUGCUAAACUAAGACACUGCCGUAGUACUGCUGGUACGGGCGUUUAUUAUUGCUUUUAAUCCGCAGCCAAUGCGUCAUUUACAGAGCAUGCGGGAAACAGAAUACUAGUAAUAAGUACAGUAUAACGCGCCUCUCUUAGCGCUGCUCGUACACUAAUCACAAACUAACGACGCUUUUAAGUUUCAAUCCCAACCGCAAACGAUGCGUUACCAGCCCUCAUUGCAGGCGUUCCUGCCUAUUGCUUGCAGCUGUUCUUCUUCAAAAGCUUCGUCUUUUAAAGAAACCUCCCUCUGUGUGUCUCUCUGGGUGUCUCUGUGUGUGUGUCUCUCUCUCUGAUGCUGCAUCAAUCACAUUACCUGCAUCUGCACUUGAACUUCUCUGGCUGUUUUCCACCGGUUCUUCUUGUCCAUCGAUGGACGCGUUUCCCCGCUCCUCAGCCACACAACCAUGGGAGCUGAGCAGUUUGGUGAGUGCAUAAGGACUCUGUGAGGAAUCUCAUCAUGCAGACUUCAAAAACAAGGAGCGGGUCUUCAGAUGCCCCGCAGAGGACUUCCCCAAGGACACCGCGGGCAUCCCGUGUGGCCAAAACUGGAGGGAAUGAAACUGAUUCUACAGGAGUUACCCCAACAAGAACACCUACGGAGAGGAGCCCAAAGGUCACUGAGCGGCGGUCUCCACGAAGCCCAAUUACUGAGAAGAAGCGCCCAAGUAGGCUAUCUGAAUUGGAGUCCAAGGUUAGCCAGCUGCAAGAUGAACUGAAGAAGGCCAAGGAGCAACUUAGCUCAUCAGAGGCACGAAGGCGCCAUGUGCAGCAGGAAGCUGAGGAAGCAAAAAUGCAAGAGCAGGCUGCAACCUCGAAGCUGGAGGACUUGCAGCGCCAGCUUGAAGAGUCCUCAGCUGCAGAGGAAUCCCGUCUCCAGGAACUGCGCAAGAUCUCACAGGAACGUGACCGUGCCUGGGAGUCAGAACUUGAGGCAGUGCAGAAGCAGAAAUCAGUAGAUGCAGCUGCGCUCAGCUCAGCCAUGUCCGAGAUUCAGAGGCUGAAGCAGCAGCUGGAGGCCUCGGCAGAGUCUGACGCAGCCCGUGCGAAACAAUGCGAGUAUGUGGAAGCUGAGAUUGAGAGCCUAAAGCAGGAGAUGGAGAUCCGCCUAGCAACCAUCGAGGGCCUGAAGGUCAAUGUCAGUGAGAGUGACAAGGUCGCAGCUGAGGCAAAUGCCAUGGCAAAUGAGACCAAGCAGCAGCUGGAGACAGGAAAGGCUACCAUUGACUCACUUGUAGCUGAGGGUGUCCGCAUGCAAGAAUGCCUGAGGUCAAAGGACAUGGAGCUCAAUGACUCCAAGACUCUCAUAGCGUCGCUCCAGGAGGAUCUGAAGAAGGCACAGGACAUGGCCAGUACUGAUGUCAGCUUCGGCAACCCUGAGCCUGAAUCUCUGAAGAAGGUGCUGAUCACCACUAGCCACGCCGAUGCCAAUGAGGGCUGUGAAAGUUCUGACCCAGAGAUUGAGCAGUUGCGAACUGCUCUUGAGGUUGCUGAGAUCAGGUACCAGGAGCAGCAAACUCGGAUGACUAUCGAGAAUAAAGGCUUGUACGAGACACUGGAGAGUGUGAAGGCUGAGUACGCCCGCAAACUGUGUGACUUUAAGCUCGAGCUGAAGAGCAAGAACGAUGCACUCAUGGAGCUAAUGGCAGCAGGAGCCUGUGCAGCGGGCAAAGCGCAGCAGGAUCCUCACAGGGCAGACGUCAUGCAGCAGCCGGAGCUGGAGGCAAAGCUGAUGAAGUCGAUCACGGACGUCGCGGAGCUGAAAGCGUCCCUGAUGGACAAGGAGAACGCUUUACAGAGCCUGGCGGAGGAGAAUGAGACCCUGAAGACGCAGGCAGGCAGGGUGGAGGCGGAGCUGCAGCACAAGUACGAGGCGGCGGUGGCGGAGCUGGAGCUGGCCAAGGCCGCAGAGCAGGACGUCCGGAUGCGGCUGGGCCUGGUGACCGAAGAAGCCGACAAGAGCAGCCGCCGUGCGGCACGAGCCUCGGAGCAGCUGGACGCGGCGCAGGUGGCCACCGGGGAGAUGGAGGCGGAGUUACGGCGGCUGCGCGUGCAGUCCGACCAGUGGCGCAAGGCCGCCGAGGCUGCCGCCGCCGUGCUGGGUGGAGGGGGUGGGGAGAAGAACAAUGGUGGGAGGGCGGUGGAGAGGACCGGGUCGCUGGAGCCUGAGUACAACAACUCCAUUGGUGGGAAGCUGAUGAGCUCGCCGUUCUCGGAUGAGGUGGACGAGGAGUCGCCCAAGCGGCGGAACAGCAGUGGUGGCGGCGUGCUGAGGAGGAUGAGUGGGCUAUGGAAGAAGAGCCCCAAGUGAGAGGAGGUGGAUGGGGUAUGGUUAGUGGUAGUAGUGCGAGGUGCAACAAGCAGCAGGAUGAGCAGUGGUAAGCUGAUGAACGCAGCUGGACAAGAGUAGCUGGUAGGAAUCAAGCAUGAUCCGUCUUAUAACAUUUGGCUGGUACUUGAAUGAACCUUGUGUUGAGGAGCAGCUGUUUUUGGCUGCCUAUUCUGUACCUUACUAUGAUCUGAAUCAGCCAGUAUCCCAGAUGUUCCUUGGUUCUUUC